AUGAAAUAUCUUAUUUAAACUAUAUACUACAUAUUAUUGUAGACUGUGCUAGCCUAGUUGAUGAUUGAUACAUACAAUUAGGUUGAUAUUAAAGGAAUAGAGUUUGAUUGGAGUGCAAGGACUCUACCCAUAGGGGAUUAAUAACUUUUAAUAGCUUAAAAUAUAAGAGGGUAUGAUUAGUUAUUCUAAGUCCAAUUAAUGAUAUUAGACAUAAUGAAAAAUGAAGUUGUAAGACAAAUAACGAUAGGAGGAAUAGAGGAGAGUAACUUUUGCCCAGAUAUAAUCAUUAUUAAUAAUUCUAUAUUUAUUGCUUUUGUUAGGGAAAGAGGAAGUGUUCUUCAUGUUUUGAUGAAAAAAUAUAGUUUAUCUCUUGAAGAAUUGAAUGUAGAAUUAAAUUUAGGAAGUACUAUUUAAGAAGUAAAAAUUAUAUAAACAAUUCAAUAUAUUUAACUUAGUCAGUUAAAUUAAAAUUUAUUUUCAAUUAAAUGGUAUUCAUAAGGAAAAGAAUAUCCUACUAAACAAUGGAAUAUGGUAUUGUAUAAUCCAACAACAGGAGUCAAAGGUGAGAAAAUAAUAUUACCAGAUAGCGACUUUAUAUCAGUAGCAUAAAAUAAAUUGGGAGUUAUUGCUAUAGCAUAAUCUAAUACUAACAAAAUUAUAUUAUCAAAAUUAUAUGAAGGUAAAUUAACUACAAGAUCAAUUCCAUCAUCUAUAUAAUAUUAUAAUCAACAGAAAGUAAAAAUAAAUAGUUUAUCCACAAAUGAAUUUUUUGUUCUUAGAUGGACAACUUAAUUAGACUUUAUAAUUAGAAGAUUUGAUAAAUAUUUUGAAGGAUCUCAAAAUCCAUUUACAAUUUAAACUAAAGAAUUUUGUAGUGUUGAUAAAAUUCAAUAGAUUGAUGUAAGGUUUACAGAUUCAUAAUUAAUUUUAGUAAGUAAAUGUUAUUAGGAGAUAAAAUUAUAAUAAAUUGAUUUAUUAAAUAUUCAAAAUAUUUAAUACAUUACAGAAUAAUAUAGAUAGAUAGAGAUUAAAAAUAAAUAAAAUAUAUAAUCCAUAUAUAUUGAUUAUAUUGAUCAUAAUAGAUUACUACUAAGAUGGUUUACUCCAAUGUAUUAUUACAAUGAAUUGAAAGUUCAAUUAAUAGAUAUGAAUUUAAAAAUUAAUGAAUGUAUAUUAAAUUGUGAUAAAUGUGAUAACAGAUUUAGAUGUCAAGAAUGUAAAUAAAAUUAUCAAUUGGAUACUAUUAAAAAUCAAUGUAAUCCUAUAUGUCCUAUUAAUUGUUUAUCAUGUUCUGAUGCUUCUUAUUGUGAUAAAUGUAAAUUGGGAUAUUAAUAUACAAAAGAAAACUUAUGUGUAAAUCCAACGAAUGAUUUUAUGGAACUUAAAGUAAGUAGAGAAUUAGAAAGUAAGGGUAAAGCGAAAAUAAUUAAUAAAGAUUUUAAUAUUAUUGUUAUUUAUAGUAUUUAUUAAAAUGAUAAACAAUAAUAUUUGGUCAUUAGAAAAUUAGAUAUCCAAGGAUAAUUAUUAAUGAAAGUAAUACUAGAGAAUCAAAAAGAUCUAUAAACAUUACUUGAUUAUGAUAUAGCUGAUUCUUUAGUAGAUGAUAUCUUUUAUAUAUUGAUUAAAUGGGUUUCAAUUGAUAGAUCAACAAAAACAAUUAAUUACUCAUAUAAUUUAGAAGAUUUAACAAUUAAAGGAGAAACUUUGAUAACAGAAGCAUCACCAAUAAUGGUGGGAGAUCAAAUUAAAAUAAUUAAUAAUAAAAAUUAGAAUAUUUUUAUUUUCUAUUUUACUAUUCAAAAUAAUUUAUAUUACCUUUUCUUUAUCAAAAUUGAUUCAAAUGGUAUUUAAACUAAAUCUGAUUAUUAAAUUUAUUUUGGAAAAGAUAAUUUGGAGAUUACAUCAUAUAGGAAUUCAAUUGGUGAUAAUUAUAUAACACUCCUAAAUGAUGAUACUUAUUAUUCGUGUUUGGUUCUGGACACAAGAUUAAGUAUUAGUAAUCUGAGAAAUCAAGAUAGAACUGAAUUCUUUUCAUAAAAGAUGGUUUAAAUUGAUAAAAUUUCAUUGUAUGUAGGUCAUGAUGCUUAUUUGAAUAAGUAAUUAUAUUUAAAUAAUACUGAAAACUUUAAAAUUUAAAUUACAUAAUCAUCAAGAUAUCAAUAAAAUCAUACAUUCAUUUAGGUUAGUGAAAAUGAUAUAAUUAUGGUAUGGUCUGGAAUUUCAAAUAUUUAAUAAAAAAAUCCAAUAUCUCAUAUUUAUAUUUAAGGUUUCUCUAAAAAAACUAAUUAGAUUACUAAUUUAAAAUCAUUUACUUGUUCUUCUGCUUGUUUUUAAUGUUCAGAAACUGGAGUAUGUUUAUAAUGUAAGAAUAGUAAUUAUGUAUUGUAUAAUGGUAAAUGUAAAUUAUAAUGUAUUAAUAAUUGUGAUUAUUGUUCAGUUGAGAAUGAAUGUUUAAAAUGUAAAUUAAAUUAUUUCUUGGAUUCUUAAUCUUAAUGUAUCUAAACAGAAAAAAAUUAUAUUGUAUAAAAAUAAGAUUAUUUAUAUCCUACAAUAUUCUAAACUAAUGAUGAUAUAGUAUCUAUUGUAUCAAUUAAAAGAAAUGGUACUAAAAAUGAGGUUGUUUAUGAAGAAUUUGAUAGAUAAGGAUAAUCAAUAUCAGGAGAAAGAAGAAUAUCAAAUGAUAGUAAUUUGACAGUAUUAUUCUAAUAACCUAAAUUGAUUAAAUAAGAUUAAUUUAUUCUUAUUAGUUAUUUAGUAAGAGAUGAAAUUAAUAAUUUAUAAAUAAAAGCAAUAUUUGUUAUUUUAGAUAAUUAAUAUGAGAUAAUGUAAAAUAAUGUAUCAAUAACAUUAAAUUAAGAUAUCUUAAUUGAUAUAUUAAAGAUUGAUAAUUAACUUUAUAUAAUUUAUGACAGUACCUAUGGUAGCUAAACACUAUAUCUAUUUAUUUAAACAUUUACAAUAAAAAAUGGAUUGAUGACGGCAGAAACUUAGAGAUAUUAUGGAGAUGUGUUUGUUUUAACAAAGAGAUAUAAAAAUUUAAGAUUAGAACAUUUAAUCAAUUAAAAUAAGAUAUCAAUAUAAUAUACUGAAUAAGAUGCUAUAGAUUAAAUAGUUUAUUUAUUUGAUUAUGUUGAAAUAAAAUUAACAAAAUCUACAAUUACUAGUUAUUAUGUUAACUAUAAUUAUUAUUAACAAGUAUUUACAGUUUUGUACAAAGAUAUGAGCAAUCAGAAAUUAAAUUUGUAAUUUUUAAAUCAAAGAGGAAAACUGUUAAACACAUAACCUCUAGAAUCAAUAAAUGAAUUAUCUAAAGUACAAGUUGUAAAAACAAAUUCCAACAUUUAUCUAUUAUAUGCUGAAUCCUCUGAAUAAAAUAUAAUGAAUAUUAAUGUUAAAUAAUAUGAUUUAAAUGGAAUCAUAAUAGAUGAAACUUAGAUAAAUUCAAAUGAAUAAUCUAUAGAUUAUUUAUAUGGUAAUUUUCAAUAAAAUGAAUUUUUUUAUAUAACAUGGAGUUCUAUAAAGAAUAGAAAGUCAUAUAAGAUGAGAUUAAAUUAAAAAUUAUAAAAAAUCCCAUUUGAUGACUAAAUAUGUAUGUCUCAUUGUGGAGAUUGUUCCAACAAUGUUGAUAUUAUGUGUACUUAAUGUUUAGAUGGAUAUCAAUUUAAUUAAGAAAAAUUGAUAUGUUCACCUAUUUGUUCAAAUAAUUGUUAAAAUUGUACACAGCCUUAUACAUGUGAUUAUUGCAAUAAUAAUUUUAAAUAUGUAGAUAAUAAAUGCUUAAAUGUUACUGAAUAUCAAUUAGAAAUACCAAUUUGUCAAUAAACAUGUAGUGGAAUAGGUUCAAUAUUGACUUUUAAUGAUAAUUCUAUGAUAACUACCUAUUAUAAUUAUAAAAAUGAAAUGCAUAGUUUAGAUGCAAAUGUAUAUUAAUUAGAAUCUAGUGUUAUUACUAUUAAAUAAUUAAUUUCUUCAGAAUAAGUAAUUCCUUAUCACAGAAUUUAUGAAUAUGAAUCUAAAAAGUUUGCACUUAUAUGGUUAAGUGGAAAUUGUUAAGUUUCUUGUAAAAUGAUGAUAUAAUUAUUCCAAAGUAGCUUUUUUGUCAUAACAAAUCCAAUUGAAUUAAGAAUGAUUAAAGUACUUAAUAUAAAUGAAUUCCAAAUUCAGAUCAAAAUAUUUAAUACCAAUUUUAUAAUAGUUUGGACUGAAGUAGAUGAUAAUUCUGUUUAUUAGACAUAUGUUGGAAUAUAUAAUAUUAAUGAUGGAUUUUAAAUAAAAUAAAAUAUUAAUGAAAAUUAAGAUGAUAUCUCAAUAAAUCCUUAAUUAUUGAUCUAGACCUCUUCAUAUCAAAUAAUCUAUUUAAAGAAUAAUUAUAUUAUAAAUUCAUUAACAAUAGAUAGUACAACUACAAAAUACAAACAAUUAUAUUAGAGUACAAAUUAGAUUGAUUCUAUUUCCUCAGACAAUAUUGAUAGUAGUGGAUUAGUUAUAGGUUGGAUAGAAAGUGAAAUUAAUUAAUUAGGAAUGUAAAAUUAUUAUCUCAAUGUUUAAUGGUUUGAUAGAUAAUUGAAUUAAUAAGCAGUUAAAAGAACUGCUGUAAGCUCAUAUAAUUAAAUUAAGAAUCUAAAUCUUAAUUAUAUUUCUCCAUUAAUAUAAUCAACUUAUGUAUAAAUUGAAAAGGGAGAAUUGCAAAGAUUACGUCAAUAUUUUAUAAAUAUAAAUUUUCUAAAAUAUGGAUCAACUUAAGAUUUGUUGACAUCUCCAUUAAAUAUUUUAAGUUAAUAUUAAGCUAAUACAAAAAUAUUAACUUAUGUAGACCCACGAAAUUUGAUGUCAUAUGUUGUAUUUUAAGGAAUAAUGAAUAAUGUUAAUUAUAUAUUCUUUAUUGAAAAGAAAGGAUAAUAAUCAUAUUAAGAUAAUUGUGAAACUAAUUGUUUCUAUUGUAAUAAUAAAAAUAUAUGUGUAAUUUGUAAAUAAGGGUAUUCAUUAUAAAAUAAUAAAUGUUCUUAGAAAUUACCAGAUAAUUGUGCAACAGGUAGUUAUGGUAGAUGUUCAUAAUGUGUUCUUGGAUAUUCAGUAACAUCAGAUUAUAAAUGCUAACUUAGUGAUUCAAAAUAUAAAGAAAUUAAAAUGAGUUAUUAUCCAGCUUAAAGUAGAUAGAGAUUGUCUACAUUAUCAAACGGAGAUUAUGUUGUUGUAUGGUCAACAUAAUUUUAUCAGAAUGAAGGAACUGGAAUUUACAUGUCAUUAUAUAAUUCAUAAGGAGUUUAAUUGAAAGAUUAAAUGAGAAUUACUGAAUCAUCAGCAGGAAUUUAAUAAUAUCCUGAUGUUUAAGUAAUGAAUAACGAUGAAAUAGUAGUUGUUUGGGUGGAUGGUAAUAUUAAAGUAAAUGCUGAUGUAAAGAUGACAAGAUUUGAUAGAGAUUUCUUAAGAAUUGGAAAUGAAAUUACUAUAUAAUCAGAUAUUCAUCUUUAUUAUGCUUAAUCAUUUGAUACACCAGUAGUCGUUCAAUAGAUUAUAAAUGGGUUUGUUAUAGUUUGGGCAGAAUAAGGAAAUCAGAAAUCAAUAUCACUUAUAACUAAAUUCUUUGACAAUGAUAAUAAUUUACUUAAUACAUAAAUUGUUACUGAAAAUGAAUCAAUAAUAAAUGAACCAGUUGUAGCAUCUACUUAAUCAAUUAUUGUUAUAGCUUGGUAAACCAAUAAAGGAAUAUUCGCUAAUUCAUAUAGCUUAAAUCAAUUUUUAAUAGAGAGAGUAUAAUUAUCAACUACAGGAGAAGCUCCAGCAAUUACAUCUUUAGAUAAUUACAUAAUUAUUGCUUGGAAAGAGUAUGUAAUUGAUGAAAAUGGUUUCAUGAGUUAGAAAAUAAGAUUUAGAAAAAUAUCAACAGAUUUAAAUUAAUAUGAAGUUUAAAAUCAUUUUGGUAUAUCAUAAGAGAAUCUAGAUAAUCCUGAUGUGAUUAAAAUAGAAAAUGGAUUUGCUAUUAUUGCUGAAAGUGUAUCAACACUAGAUGAUUAAAUUAGAACAAUCUAAUUGUAAUUAUUUAAUUUGGAUGGUUCACCUAAAUCACUACCUAUUAUUGUCUAUUCUGUUUCUAAUUAAUAUCCACAUCAUCCUUAAUUAAUAAGCUAACCAUAAGGAAAUUUCAUAGCAUCAUGGAUACUUAGUACUCUGAUAUCAUAAAUCUUAAGUGAUGAUGUGUACAUGAAGAGAUAUAAAAGUGAUGGCACCUAAUUAUCAUUGAAUAUAAUCAUUUGCUCAGAUAAUUGCUUGACUUGCUAAACUAGCGAUGUUUGCUAAUCUUGUAAGCAAGAUUAUAUUUUAUUAUCAAAUUUAUGUUAUCCAAAAAUAAAUAAUUGCGAAACUCAUUUAAUUGAAAAUUCAAUUAUCACUUGUAGUUAAUGUUUAUAAGGUUUUGAAUUGAUUAAAAGCAAUUGUUAUCAAAUUAGUACUGUUUCUAAUGAAUAAAUAAUAGAAUUUGUAAAUGAUAAAACAUCUUAAAAUAUAUUCAAAGUUAUAACUUUUUCUAAUGGUGAUCUAUUAUAUAUAUGGAUCGGAGAUUAAGGAGUAAUGAGUCAAAGAUUUGAUAAGUAUGGUAAAAGAUAUUCUAAUCCUAAAAUAUUGUAAUUAUCUUCAUAAUGUACAAAUUGCAAAUAUUAUUUUGAUGUUUGUUAAUUGAAAUUUGAUGAGGAUCUAUUUGUAGUUUCUUACAAAAAUUCGUAUGAUACUUCUACAACUUUUAUAAAUAUUUUUAAUUUUAAUGAGGAAAAUAUAGCGUAUACUGUAAUUUAUUCAUAUUAAGGAACCACCAAUUCUAUUAUCUAUUAAAAAUACUAGAAAUACAUGGUUAAAAUAGUAUUAUUGGAAAAUAUGAAAUUAGGGGUGAUUUAAAUGGUGAUGUAAUCGGAUAUUCCUAUUUUAGAAUUAGUUACUAUUCCAUUAUCUUUUGAAAGUCCAUUUAAAAUUAGUUUCCCACCUUACUUAACCUAAAAAAUUCAAUUACUAACAUAUUCUUAAUUUAAAAACUCUUUAGAUUUCGAAAUUUAAUUUAAUGAUAAUGAACUAAGGCUCUAUUAGAAAAAUGAUCUAUCUAAUACUUAUGUAGAAACUAGUUUUGACAUCUUUGGGGUUAUAUUAAAUAAAAAUAAUAUAUAGAAAUCAAAUAAUCAGGUAGAAUCUAAAAUAUAUAAAUUGAAUUAAGAAAACUACUUAAUUGUUUGGACAACCAUUGAAUCAUUUAAAUAUGAAAUAUACUAUUAGAUUAUACAAUAAGAUGGAAUUAUAUUAAAAAGUUCUUAGAAACUCUCAAUUGGAAGUGAAAUUUAUAAACUUGAUUUAUAAAUUAAUAUGCUUUCUAAUUCAAUAUUGAUAUCUUGGAGAGAAGGAUCACAGUAUUAAGAUAUGAGUUUGAAUUCUGUUUAUAAAGGAAUUCUUAUAUCUAAACAAUCAUAUUUAUAGAUGGGUGAAAUCAUUUCGAUCAAUUAAUAUAAUGUUUAUCUAAAAUCAUUGGGUAAACUUGAAGUAAUUGAAUUACAAAAUGAAGAUAUAAUAAUUAACAUAAUGUUUUAUAACAUUUUGGCUCAAACAUAAAUGAUUAUCUCAUACAAAUUUAAUUAAAUGGGUGAAAAGUUGCAAUUCUCUUAAAUGAGGUGCGGAUAUGCUUGCCAAGAAUGUAAUUAUUAAGGACUUUGUCUUAAAUGCACGAAUCCUGAUUUAUUUAUAUUAUAAGUUGAUGGAAAUUGUGUAAAAAAACCUCAAAAUUGUGUCAAUUUCUAAGCCAAUUGUCUAGAUUGUCUUAAUGGUUUUUACAAAACCUAAUAUCUUACUUGUGAAAGAAUUAAUCAAUAUGUUGAAACAACAAUUCCUUUGGAUUAUUAAAGUUACUAUAGCCAAUACUUCUUCUAUUAGAUUGCCACAUACUCAACUGGUAAUUUCGUGGUGGUAGGUUUUAGAGAGGAAAAAGUUAUUGAACUUAAUUAUUAUUUGAGUAAUGGAACUUCUUAAAUACAAAAACUUAAAAUUAUAAAUCUUAUAAAUAUUUCCAGAAUUAAUGAUGUGUCCAUCACUGUUGAUGAGAAUAACUAACUUACAAUAUUUUAUUCCGUAUUACCUAUCGUCUAUUCAGAUAAGAAUACUUAUUACUAUUAAUAGUUUGAUGUCAACUUUAAUAAUCUUACAGAACCUACCUUACUUUAUACAGGUUUACAAUUUUGGGAAACUACAACAAUUAAAGCAAAAAUUCUCAAUGGAGGAUAAAUUGCAGUAUUAAUUAAGAGUAGAUUUGAUAUUUAUAUUUAUAUUAUGAAAUCAAACUACGAAUUUUUGGCUGAUCUAAAACAACCUUUUAGCGAAAACUAUGACUUAACUUCAAACGGAGAAUUAAUUGCAUUUGCAUAUACAAAGGAUAAAAUAACUAUCCUUAAUAUAUUUGAUUUACAAUUAAAAUUAAUUUAACAUGAAAUUAUUAAUGAUGGAGGAUUAGUUAAAUUGACAACUGAUUCACUUAAAUAAUUCAUUAUCGUAACUAAUUAUUAAAUCAAUAUAUUUGCUUAAGGUUUAAUUAGGUAAUCCUAUAAUACUACAAUGCAAAGUUUAUACCCAAUACAUAUAGCAAUAAGUGAUAUAAAUGAAAUUGUCAUUCUAUCAUUCUAAAAGAACUCCAAAUCUUAUCAUUUAAUGUAUUUUUCAAUGUAAGGGCAACUAAAAAACUAAGUUUAAGUAAAUAUGAAUUAUACAGAAAUUCCUAUACAAUAUUGUUGGUUAAUGAAGUUGUAAAAUAAUAAUUUUAUUGUAUUCUUUCAUGCAGGAAGUGUACUUUAUAAUUGGAAAUUAAAUUUUGCAAGGUUUGAUUAAACAGGAUUGUCUAGGCCUAUAAACGAUAUUAUAUGUCCUCAAGGUUGCGUCUCUUGUGUAACAUCUUCAAUAUGUGAUAUUUGCGGUUUUGGCUACUAAAAAAAUUAUGAUACUUUAGUUUGUGAACAAGUCUGUUCAUAAGUUGAGUGCAGCAAAUGCAAGUAUAGUUAAUGUGACGAAUGUUUGAAUGGAUACUAAUUUAAUGAAUAAGGAUACUGUGUUAAAAUUGGUUAAUAAAUUGAACAACCCAAAGAUCCUUAUAAUCCAAAUUAUGAAGAAGAAGUGAAAGAUCCAAAUAGUCCAGCAGAUCCGAAAGAUCCAAUAGACCCUAUUGAUAUAAAAGAUCCAGUCGAUCCAACAGAUCCAACAAAUCCAACAGAUCCAACUGAUCCUACAAAUCCAACAGACCCUACAGAUCCAACAGAUCCAACAGAUCCUACAAAUCCAACUGAUCCUACCGAUCCUACAGAUCCUACCGAUCCUACAGAUCCUACAGAUCCAACAGACCCUACAGAUCCAACAGAUCCAACAGAUCCUACAAAUCCAACUGAUCCUACCGAUCCUACAGAUCCAACAGAUCCUACAAAUCCAACAGAUCCAACAGAUCCAACAGAUCCUACAAAUCCAACUGAUCCUACCGAUCCUACAGAUCCUACAGAUCCAACAGAUCCUACAAAUCCAACAGAUCCUACAAAUCCAACUGAUCCAACAGAUCCAACUGAUCCAACUGAUCCUACAAAUCCAACUGAUCCAACAGAUCCAACAAAUCCAACUGAUCCAACUGAUCCAACAGAUCCAACAAAUCCAACUGAUCCAACUGAUCCUACUGAUCCAACAGAUCCAACAAAUCCAACAGAUCCAACAGAUCCUACAAAUCCAACAGACCCUACAGAUCCAACAGAUCCUACAAAUCCAACAGAUCCAACAGAUCCAACAGAUCCUACAAAUCCAACUGAUCCUACCGAUCCUACAGAUCCAACAGAUCCUACAAAUCCAACAGAUCCAACUGAUCCAACAGAUCCUACAAAUCCAACUGAUCCUACCGAUCCUACAGAUCCUACAGAUCCAACUGAUCCUACCGAUCCUACAGAUCCAACUGAUCCUACUGAUCCAACAGAUCCAACUGAUCCAACUGAUCCUACAAAUCCAACUGAUCCAACAGAUCCAACAAAUCCAACUGAUCCAACUGAUCCAACAGAUCCAACAAAUCCAACUGAUCCAACUGAUCCUACUGAUCCAACAGAUCCAACUGAUCCAACAGAUCCAACAAAUCCAACUGAUCCAACUGAUCCUACUGAUCCAACAGAUCCAACUGAUCCAACAGAUCCAACAAAUCCAACUGAUCCAACUGAUCCUACUGAUCCAACAGAUCCAACUGAUCCAACAGAUCCAACAAAUCCAACUGAUCCAACUGAUCCUACUGAUCCAACAGAUCCAACUGAUCCAACAGAUCCAACAAAUCCAACUGAUCCAACUGAUCCUACUGAUCCAACAGAUCCAACUGAUCCAACAGAUCCAACAAAUCCAACUGAUCCAACUGAUCCUACUGAUCCAACAGAUCCAACUGAUCCAACAGAUCCAACAAAUCCAACUGAUCCAACUGAUCCUACUGAUCCAACAGAUCCAACUGAUCCAACAGAUCCAACAAAUCCAACUGAUCCAACUGAUCCUACUGAUCCAACAGAUCCAACUGAUCCAACAGAUCCAACAAAUCCAACUGAUCCAACUGAUCCUACUGAUCCAACAGAUCCAACUGAUCCAACAGAUCCAACAAAUCCAACUGAUCCAACUGAUCCUACUGAUCCAACAGAUCCAACUGAUCCAACAGAUCCAACAAAUCCAACUGAUCCAACUGAUCCUACUGAUCCAACAGAUCCAACUGAUCCAACAGAUCCAACAAAUCCAACUGAUCCAACUGAUCCUACUGAUCCAACAGAUCCAACUGAUCCAACAGAUCCAACAAAUCCAACUGAUCCAACUGAUCCUACUGAUCCAACAGAUCCAACUGAUCCAACAGAUCCAACAAAUCCAACUGAUCCAACUGAUCCUACUGAUCCAACAGAUCCAACUGAUCCAACUGAUCCUACCGAUCCUACAGAUCCAACUGAUCCUACUGAUCCAACAGAUCCAACUGAUCCAACUGAUCCUACCGAUCCUACAGAUCCUACAGAUCCAACAAAUCCUAAUAUCCCAAUCGAUAUAGGAACUAUUGAACAUCCAAUCGAAGAGAAAUGCAACAUAUAAAUGCAGAAUAGACUAAUUAAUUUUUCUGAUAACAGAUAUGCUAUCAUUUACAUUUGUAAUGAAUAUUUUAGGGCCAAAUUAUUUAAUUAAGAUGGUUUAGAAAUAUCUAGUUUUACCAUGAUGAUUGAAAUCGUUUUUAUUUUUGAUACUGUUUUAGUUGAAGAUCAAAUUGUUUUAGCAUUCGUUUAUAUAAGUAGACUAUAAUAAUGCCAAUUUUUCAAAAUUGAUCCUAGUUUCACACUUAUUAUUCCUGAAUUUGAGAGAAAUUAUAAUUCUGAGAUUUUAGAUAUUAAAAUUCAACCUUUGAUUAACAAUUUUGCUAUUUUAAUCUCAAAUAAUAUUGAAUUUGGAUUUGACUAAACAUUAAUGAAUUGCUAUACCUAAACCCUAACAAUUUAUGAUAAACAUUUUUCAUAAAAUGCUGAAAAAAUUAAUUUCAAUUAUCCUGAAGGUCUUACAUAGAAUAAUUGUAAUUAAAGCAAAAUAUCUGAAAUUAAAGUUGUUGAAAAUAUCAUCUAUGCAUUAUCAAUCAGUUCAUCACAAGGAUAAAUAUAAGCUUUAGAUAGUUAUGGAACAAUUCAAAAUACUUAUUAAAUAGAUAUUCCUAAUAUUGAAAAAAUAAAAUUUGAAAUUAAUUAAGACAAUAUUAUUCUUUUAUAUAAGACUUUUGAGGCAUAAGAUUGGACUUUAAGAAUUUGUGAUAAAUACUUAAUUAUCAUUUUUAUUAAAGUUAAUUUUAUUCCUGGUAACUCAGAUAUUCAAUUAGCUAUUGUUGCUAAUAAUUUAUUCAUAUAAUGGACUUAAAAUGAUAACCUUAUGAGUUCCUAAUACGAAUUCUUAGAUUUAUAAGGAAAUCAACUUUCAACAGGAGUCAUAUAGAGUGAUAUUUAAAUUAGUAGUAUUUAAUCAAUAGUUUUAAUGAAUACUUAUGUUGGGUUUACUUGGACUAAACUAAAUGAAGAUGGUCAAUGGGAUAUCUCAUAUGCUGUUAUGAAUUAAAAUGGGUAAUUUGUUAAUACGAUGGAGAUCUAAUGUUCUGAAAAUUGCUUAUAAUGUAUUAAUUUUAAAUAAUGUACAAUGUGUGAAACUAAUUUUGUUAUUCAAGAAAUUAGUUAUAACAACAAUUAUUGUUAAAAAUAAUGUGAUUCUAAUUGUUCUUCUUGUGAUUAGAUGGGAAAUUGUUAAUUUUGUAAAGAUUAUUACUUUGUCGAAAAUGGUUAAUGCAUUUUAGAUGAAGUAUAAGAGAAAGCAAUUAGAAUUAAUUAGGAAGCAUAAAAAGUAUUAUUAAAUUAAGAGGGGGCAAAAUUUAGUGAUGGCUCAAUAAUUGUGGUUUGGUCAAGUUAUUCUUAAGAUGGUGAUGAUUGGGGAGUAUUUGCUCAAUUAAUUGAUAAUUUUGGGGUUAAAAUUGGAGACAAUAUAUAAAUUAACACUAAUUCUAAAGGGGCUCAGUGUCUUCCAAAAGUCAUAGUAUUAUAAGAUGAUACAGUUGUUAUCAUAUUUUUUGAUGGAAAUCCUUAUUUAAAUGAAGCAAUAAUAAAAGCUUAAAAAUUUGAUAAGCAAAUGCAAAGAAUUGGAAAUGAAUUUGAUGUUGGUACAACUUAAUUUUAUUCGCAUAAUAUGUUUAAUCAUAAAUAUAUACACGCGUUAAGCUUAUAAAAUGGAGGAUAUGUUAUUGGAUUUUUUAAAUAGGCAUAUUAAAUGAUGGAUUAUAUUAAUUUAAGCUUUUAUGAUUCAUCCAAUCACUUAGUAAUUCAAAAAAGAAUUGAAGGAAUAUAUAUAUUUAACUAAAUUCCUUUUGAUUUAGCUACUACAUUUUAUAUUUCAUAUGAUCAUCAAAAGAGAGUUCAAUUGUAUUCAUUUGACGGAAAAUUAUUAUUAACAAAAUAAUUCGAUUAAUUUAAUAUUUUCCCCCAUGAGUAAAUUAUUUUAGGGCAUACAAAUGAUUUUUACACAAUAGGAUAUGUUUUCUUUUAAGAAAAUACUAGAAUAAUUUAAGUGUUAUUAUUUAAUAAACAAUUUGAUGAAUUAGGAGAUCCUUUAACAAUUAGAUAAGUAGAACAUAAUAUACCAUAAAUUUCAAUGUAUGAAGGUGAUUAAGGAAUAUACUUAAUAAUUCAGUUGUAUAUAAAUUCUUUUAAAUUUUAAGAGAUGUAUUUCAUAAAGGACCAAUAAUAUUCUUUAGUAAAUAAGUUCUAUAUAAAUACUUUUCGAUUUUUUUCAUUCAAUUAUGACGAAUAUAUUUAGAUUAUUCCAUCAUUGAAUAAUUCAUACUUUCUACUAUGGACAAAAGGAAAUUAAUUUAAUUUUCAGGAUAAAAUUAAUUAUUAUUUUUAGCUUUUAUCAUAAGAUAAAUAAAUAAUAGCAUAAAAUUAGAUGGUUUGUUCAUUAAAUUGUUAGUAAUGUUAAGAUUAAACUAUUUGUGAUUAAUGUCUUAGUAAUUAUUAUAAAAUUGAAAAUAAUCUUUGUCAUCCUUUUUGUGAGGAAGGUUGUUAAUACUGUAAUUUUCCCUAUAUUUGUAAUUUAUGUUAAAAGGGUUAUUAUUUAAAGGCAGAAGGAAAAUGUUAUGAAAUUCCUAUUUAAUCAUAGCCUACAGUUUUAUAAGAAUAUGAAAGAUAUGAUAAUAUAUUUUAAGUAGAAACUGUAAAUGAAAUUGAAAAAGUUUAUUUAUCUUUUAGCAGUUAACUAAAUGUUAGAGUUUUGAUUGGAGAAUAAGUAGUUAAAACCUUUUCGGUUAUUUAAUAAACAAUAGAUUUUUAUAGAUUUAGAAAAACAUUUUAUUUUGAUGAAAAUAUCAUAUUAAUAUUCUAUUCUGAUAAUGAUGUCUAAGUAUAAAGAUAUGAUGUCAAUUCAAAUCUAAUAAGCUAAGAUAAAUUAGAUCUUUCAUAAUUUUCAAAUUUUUAGAUUUAAUAUGAUGCAUUAAUUUUAGAACCAAUAUUGGGUUAAUAAUAUAUCCUUACAUUUUAUCAAGUAACUACUAAUCCAAAUGAAUCUAUGAAUCUUAACUAAUUAUGUUUCUAUUAUACUAAAUUAGAUUUAAGAUUAUAAAAAGUAGAAAAUGUUUAGAUCAUUUAUACCUUUUAAAAUAGAUUGCAUGUUCAUGUUGAAAAUAGAGAAAAUUAUUUUUAAUUUUCAGAUUUUAAUGGUGAGAGUUAUUAAAUAAAAAAAGAUAAAAUUGAAGAAAUGUUCUGUUAUAAUAAAAGAGAAUAAAGCAUAGGUUAAUGUAAUUUACCUUUAUAAGAAAAUUGGAAUAUUAUUAAAAUAUCUCAUUUGGUAAAAAGUGAUUUACUUUUAGAUGAAAUUAUCAUUAUUUAAGGUGAAUAUAUGAUAGUAGAUGCAUAGAGAGAAGUUAUAAUGUAAACUACAAAUGUUUUAAGUUAAGGUUUAAAAAGAUAAUAAAUUCUUAAAGUUUUUUAAUAUAUCAACUCAUUUGCAAUUAUUAUUGAAGAAUAAAACAAUUCUAGGUUUUAUGAAUAAAGAUAUUUGGUUGCUUAAUAUAUAUAUAAUACUGGUUAAAAAAUUGGAGAUUAGAUAUAUAUAUGUUCUUAACCUUAUAAUAUUGUUGAGAUUACUUAAUAUUAAAAUGGAUUUAAAGUAUAUAUACAAAAGGAAGAAUGCGAUGAUUAAUAAAUAUGCACCAAUAAUUUAUACUAAAUGAUAUUUGAUAGAGAUAAUGAUCUACCAGAUCCAUCUGACCUAUCAUCAAUAAUCAAUGACCCUGUAAAGGAUGGUAAAGCAAUUGAAGUAUUAGAAAAAUGUACUUAAGAGGAAAUUAAAGAACUUAUUAAAUUCUCUAAUAAUGAUUAUGCUAUAAUAUAUAUUUGUUAGAAUAUCUUAAGAAUCAGAAAAUUCAAUUAAGAUGGAUAAGAUAUAAAAUUUGUUGAAAUUACUUUAGAAAAUAUUCAUCUAUUUGAUGCAACAGUAGUAGAUGAUCAAAUUUAUGUUAUUUUAGUUUAUGCAACAGAUAAAACAAUUAGUAAAAUAUAUAAAUUAGAUGAUAAUACAAAUACUUUAUUACCAUAACUGGAUAAAUAUUGUGAUUUAGAAAUUUUAGAUAUUAAAAUUGAAAAUAUAUCAAUGAAAUAUGUGAUAUUCAUAACAUGUUUGAAGAAUUAUGUAUUUGAUAAUUUAUCUUAAAUUGGACGUUCUUAAUCAUUAUUUGUUUAUGAUAAAUAAAAUUUGAAAAUCUUUGAAAAAAUAGAUAUUAAUAAUCCUGAUAUAUUUACAAUUAAUGAUUGUGAUAAAAAUAUCAUUUAGGCAAUUAAAGUUUUUGAUGGUUAUAUCUAUUUAAUAAAUGUUAAUUUAUCUUCAAUAAAAGCAAUAUAAUUAAAUGAUUAUGGAAUGGUGUUCACUACAGUUACUGUGAAUAUACCAAAUAUCUCCAAAGUCAAAUUCGAAAUGAGUAGAAAUUUAAUUGUAUUCAUGUAUUAAAUGUAUGGUUAAAAUAAAUGGUUCUUAAAUCUUUGUCAUGAAAUUAGCUAAUGCUUUUAUAAUGGUUAAUAGUAUUUGUAAGGAGUCUAAGAUUUCUCUAUAGCAGUAUUCUAUAAUAAAUUUGUUAUCUCCUACAGUGAGAAAUCAAACAAGAAACUUAUUUAUAAAAUAGUAGAUAAUUAAUAAUAAACAACUUUUUCAGGAUACAUUUUGAUUGAUUCAUAAAUAAGUAGACCAAUAUUAGUAAACUUUAAUAAUUAAUAAAUUGGAUUUGCUUGGGAAUUUAAAAAUAAUGAAGCAUAAUGGGGAUUAUAAUUAUCAAUAAUCAAUAAUUUUGGAGAUUUAGUUAAAUCUAUAACUAAUAUUUGUCCACUUAAUUGUGAUUAAUGCAUAAGUAAUAAUGAAUGUACAAAAUGUUUGGAUGGAUAUUAAAUAUAACUUGAUUAAUUAAAUGGGGGAUUAUAUUGUUAAAAGUUUGUUGAUUCUAUUUGUUAUGAAUUUGCAGCUAAUAAUUGUAUUUUAUGUCCUUAUUAGCUUUAUCCUUAUUAAUUAGGUUGUAUAGAAGAUUAUUUCUAAUAAUAUUCAUUAGUUGUUAAUGAAUUUACAACUUUUGCACAAACUAAACCUUCUUUAGGUGUAUUUAGUGAUGGUUCAAUUAUUUUAGUUUGGAAUAGCGAUUAUUAAGAUGGAUUUAAUUGGGGUAUUUAUGGUUAGAUACUAGAUAGUCAGAGAUAAAAAAUAGGAAAUAAUUUUUAAGUGAGUAAAACUACACAAGGAAACUAACAUUCUCCUUAUUUGUAAAUAUUAAAUGAUGAUACUGCUAUUAUUUUAUAUAUUGAGGGUAAUCCAGAAAAAGGAGCUUUACUUAAGGUUGCUAGAUUUAAUAAAGAUUAAUAAAGAAUAGAUGAUGACUUAGAUAUUGAUUACAUUAAAUUUGAUAUGUUUAAUAUAAAAAAUGAUUACAUUGCUAAAGUGAUAAAAUUAAAAAAUGGAGGAUAUGUGAUUGGAUAUAUAUCAAUUAUUGGAGAACCUUAAGAAAAAGUAUUAAAAUUAAGGUUCUAUAAUUCUGACAAUUAAAUAGUAAAUACAUAAGAGAUUCAUGGUUAUUUUUUAUAAAAUAUCCUGAUUUCAUCAACUGAUUAGAGAGUAGCAAUUUUAUUUUUUAGAUAAAUAUUGAUUUAUUCAUUAGAUGGUACAUAAAUUAUGACAUAAGAUUUAACAUAAUUUUAUAAUAUGUCUAUAACUUAAUUUUACUUAGGUAGUACCUCUUAAUAUUUUGUCAUUGUAUUUGUUAUGGAAUUAGAUAAUAUUAUAUCAAUAAAUGCUCAAUUUUAUGAUGAAAACUUUGUAUCUUAUGGAAAUCAAAUAUUGGUAUAAGAAAGCUAAUAAAACUAUUUUAUUGACAAUAUUUUCACCUGGGUUUAGUUCAUUUAAAUUGAUUAAUACAAUGGAGGACUUACCUUGUUGAUUGAAUUUAGAAAAAAUGGUGUUGCAGGAAUGUAAGAACUGUAUUAUAUUAAUUCUAAUAUGGAAUUUAAAUUGAUGAAUAAAUUCAAUAUCUAACCAAAUUUUCAAGAACCUAAUUAUAAUUCUAUAAAAAUGGUUGAAUCAUUAGAUUAGUCAUUUUUUGUAGUUUGGUCUAAUUAUUAACAUUACGAUACUUACGAUAAUUCAAAUAUUCAUAUUUAAAAAGUAACUGCUUAAGGUGAAUUUAUAAAUCAAAUGACAUUAAAAUGUAGUUAUGGUUGUAUUAAGUGUGAAAAUCAAUAUCAAUGUACCUAAUGUCUAAAUGAAAUUUAACUAAUUGAUGGAAGAUGUUCUUUAACUUGUUAGUAAAAUUGUAGCUUUUGUAUCCUCCCUUCAGUUUGUACUUAAUGUAAUGAUGGAUACUAUGAAGAAUAGUAAGGAAUUUGUGCUCCUCUAAAACCAGACUAUCAUUAACCUUAACCUUUAAUUGAUGAAGAUAUUUAGGGGAAUGUCUAGGAACUAAUAAGAUCAAAUGAUGGAACUUUAUGCGUGUUAUCUACAGGUAUUUCAAUAAUAACUAAUAUUCCUUUUUGGAAUUUUUAUAUAAUUUAAGAGUAAUAAAUGACUAAGAAGGUAUCUAUAGAGAAAUAAAAUGGAUUUAAGAUUAAAUCACCUUAUUAUAUUCAUAAAAUUGAAUAAGAUUAUUUAAUUGUCUAUAAUGAAUAAUAAUCAAUGGGCAUUAUAAGAAUUAAUUAAGAUUAAUAAAUUAUCAUUGAUAAAGUGAUAAGUUUUUAGGAAAUCUUUGUUGAAUAAUAUAUAUAUUCAUAUCAAGUAUUUUUGUAACCAUUAGUGGGUAACUAGUACUCUCUAACUUAUUAUAAAUUCUCAUAUGAUAAAUCGAUGCUUACAAUGAUAUAUAAAAUAAAUUUGGAUUCUGAAUUAAAUUUUAUUGGAUAACCAUAACUUUUAUUUGAAUUAAGAGAUGUAUACCUGAAAUAUGAUAAAUUAUAUUCUAUAGAUAAAACUGCUAUUUUGAAUGGAGAUUAAUUAAUUUGGAAGAAUUGCAUAUAUUCUUAAUUAUUAAAGUAAACCUCUUGUGAAAUAUUUGAUUUACAAAAUGGAAAUCAAAUUUAAAUUUUGGUAGAUUCAACUUAUUAAUAUGAUGCUGUUUUGAAAGGAGUAAAAUCUAUUUAUUAUAGAGUAUUAAAUAGUGAAUUUAUACCUAUUACAUAAGAAUUGAGAGUAAUAGAAGGUAAAUUAUAACAGGAAGAAUUUAUGAAAAUUGUAACAUUUGAAAAUACAUUUGCAAUAAUUGUAAAAUCAUUAAAUAAUUACGAAAAUUAAAAGUAUUAAUUGAUUGUUUAAUAUUUUGAAAAUUCAGGUGCUAAAUUAGGUACACAAAUAUAUAUAGGUUUAUAUUAUUUACAAAACUUUGUAAAAAUUAUUUAAUCUGAAAAUGGUUUUAAAGUAUUUUGGUAGAUAUCAUUAUGUACAGAUGCAAUAUGUUAAAGUUUUAUCAGGAAAAUAUAAUAUAAAGAGUAUGAUGAUCAAGGAAAUGAAAUUACUAAUAGUUAAUAAAUAAAUUGUAUUUAAAAUUGUGAUGAAUGUAUAAACUCAAGUUAUUGUACAAAAUGUAGUAUAAAUUACUUAUUAGAUACUAAUUCAUAAUGUAUUUUAGAAUGUCCAUAAAAUUGUAUAGAUUGUUCAAUAGUCUCAUAAUGUAAUAUUUGUUAAGAUGGAUAUGAAUUAGUUAAUAAUUAAUGUAUUAAAUUAAUUUGUCCAAAUAAUUGUGAUUUAUGUUCAAAGAUAUCAGAUUAAAUAGUUUGUAAUAAAUGUUAAAGCAAUUAUUAAUUAAAUUAAUAAUAAUGUUAACCAAUGUGUGCAUCAACUUGUAGAACAUGUGAUUUACCAUAUAUUUGUACAAGUUGUCCUUAAGGAUUUAUAUUAACACCAGAUGCUAUAUGUAAAUUUGAAGAUGAAUCUAUUAUUGACCAAGUCAAAAAUACAAUUGUUAGUACACCUUUAAGAUAUACAUUCCCAGAUUAAUCUUAUGUAUUAGUAUGGUAUUAAAAUGGUGAAUAAGCAGGAGUAUAUUUCUAAUUAUAUACAUCUGAUAAUAUUAAAAUAGGAGAAGAAAUUAUAGUAUCAGAUUUAAAUAGAAGAUUAUUAGUAGAUAAUUAAAUAAAGAAAGAAUAUUAUGCUCAUUUAGCAGCUGUUGAUUAUAACUUUUAUAUUGUUUGGGCUGAUUCUACUACUGAUUAAACUAAUUUCUUAUUACAAGAAUUUGAUUCAAGUGGUUCUAAAUUGACAUCUCCUUAAUCUAUAGGUGUAUCUAAUAAUAAUGUUUUAUCAUAAAUUAAUAAACCAUGUGAAUUAUUAACUCUAUCCAAUUAAAAUAUUUUUGUAUCCUUUAUGACUCAAAAUACUGAAGUUUAAUCAAAUUACAACUAUAAAUAUUAAAUAUUUGAUCCUAAUCUUUAAAGUAUAAAUUAAAUUUAAGAGAUUCCUAAUAUAAGUUAUUUAACAAGUCCAUCAAUCGUAGAGGAUGAUUAAGGAAUGAUAUAUAUCAGUUAUACAAGUGAUGGUUAUGUAUUUGUUUAAUAGAUUACAUAAUUUGGUAAUCCAAUUAAUUCACCAUAAGCUAUUAGUGAUGAUGGAACAUUUACAAUAAAAACAGCUUAUCUAAAAAAUUAAAUGUUUGUAUUUUUAUGGGAAAACAAGAAUAUUUAAACUUUCAAAGCUAUGUUCAGUCUUAACUAUUAAUUAAUUUCUAAAGAUUUAUCUUCAAGAAGUGAAGUUAAAGGAAUAGGUAUAUCUUAAGUUUAAGAAUAAACACCAGAUUUAAAAUUAUUCAAUGAUGGAUUUUUAGUUGUAUGGAGAACUACAGAUUCAUAAUAUUAACCAAAUGGAAUACAAUUCUAAAUAUUUGAUUCUUUAGGUGUCUAAUAAAGUGAAAUUAUCAAUGUAGCCAUUUCAGGAAAGUAUCCAUAAAAUCCAAAUAUCUAAAUAAUUAAUGAUGAUUAAUUUGCUAUAACAUAUAUUUCAAAAGGUAUAGAUGUAGAUGGAUCUAUUUUGGGAGAUAGUAUUCAAAUUAAAUAUUAUAAUAAAUAAGGACAAGAGUACUUUAUAACUACUCCAUAAUUAUGUGGAAAAGAAUGUAAUAUAUGUUAAUCUCCAUUGAAUUGUUAUAGAUGUUCAUAUGGUUAUUAUCUAUCUUAGGAUAGUUAAUGUAUAAUGGAUUGUGGACUUUAUUGCAAUUAAUGUUAAGAACCAUUUGUUUGUUAAUCUUGUGUGAGUGGUUAUUCAUUAAAUUCAAAUAAUUCUUGUACUUAAGUUGAAUGUCCUGAAGGAUAUUAAAGAAAUUAAAAGACUAAAUUAUGUGAUCCUGAAUGUCCAAAUGAAUGUAUAUGCAAAAUUCCAAAUAUAUGCAGUUCUUGUAUAGCUGGUUAUUAUUUAAAGGAUAGUUAAUGUCAUUUAACAUCUAAUUUUUUAAAUGAAAGUCCUAUUUCCAAUCCUUAUGUUUUCUAUGCAUUAAUUGUAGUAUGCAUAAUAUUAUUAAUAACUUGGAUUUGUUGUUAUAAAUGUUUUAGUCAUUAUAGAUUGAAAGAUAAAGUUCAAUUUGUUUCUGAUGUAAAUAAUUAAGUCAAUGAACACAUUUAUGGAUAAAAAUCAUCAGUUGGAGAUCGUGAAUAAGCUAAUUAAGAUAAUGAAAUAUUGAUAAACAAUUAAAUAAAAUAAGAGAAUAUGGAUAAUAAUCCUAUAAAUAACUAGAAUAUAAAUGAUCAUGUUUUUAAGAUUCCAAAUACUUAGAAUAGAGGUAGAGAUAAUCAAUAAUUAGAUAAUUCAAAAUAAUCUAAUUAAGAAGUUAUUAUUAAAAAAUAAUAUCUAUCCAUCUUCAAGAAAGAUGAUGAAUGA